AGCAGCGGGCCUCUUCGGGUGGCGCCGCGCCCUCUGGCUCGCGGCGCCGCAGGACGGCGCGGCAGAGCGCGGCACAGGCAGGGCUCCGAGACGCGCGGCGGUCGAGCCUGCAGACCGACGCCAGCUUCGGCGACGCCGCCGUUCGCGCCUGCGGGAAGAGCAGGCAGUGGGCGCGCGCCCUGGCGCUGCUCCGGAGGGCAGGGGAAGCAGGUCUGAGGCCGAGCGCGGGCGGUGUGCUUGCUGCGGGCAGCGCGUGCGAGAAGGGCGGGCAGUGGCAGCGGGCGUCGGCACUGCUCGGGGCGGCCUGGGAGGCAGGGCCGGACAUCGUCACCGGCAACGCCCAGGUCCGCGCCUGCGCCGGCGGCGGGCGGUGGGCGCAGGCGCUGCUGCGGCUCUCCGAGGUCAGGGCGGCGAAGGUGCGUCCAACUAUCGUCAGCUAUGAUCUUGCCAUCGGCGCCUGCCAGAAGAGCGGGCAGUGGCAGCAGGCGCUGUCGUCUCUCGGUGCGCUGUCGGAAGCGAAGAUGAAGCCCACAACCUUCGCCUGCAACGCCGCGGCCAGCGCGUGCAGGGAGGAGUGGCGGCAUGCGCUCGAGCUGCUGUGCGGCAUGGAGGGUACGGCUGUGGAGCGGGAUGCGUUCAGCUACAGUGUCGGGAUCAACGCUUGCGGACGAGGCAGGCAAUGGAGAUUGGUGUUGGAGCUUCUCCGCGAGGCGGAGGGGUCGAGGGUGAAGCCAAACAUCAUCCCCGUUAGCUAUAACGCUGGACUGCGCGCGUGCGAGAGAGGGGGUCAGUGGCGGCAGGUGCUGGUGCUGCUUCGUGGCAUGGAGGAGGCCACGAUACAGCUGGAUGUGCUCAGUUUCGCUACUUCCAUCAGCGCGUGCAGAAGCGGCGGCUAUGGGAGCGAGCGAUGGCAUUGCUCAGCAAGUUGUGCAACUCGAAGCUGGAGCCAGAUGCCCGCGUUUGUACUUCUGCAAUCGGCACGUUCGAACAAAGCGGACAGUGGCAGCAAGCUUUGGCGUUGCUCGGCAGCAUGUGGACAUGGAGGGUCAAACCAGACAUUAUCUGCUACAACGCUGUAA